UCGCAAGUACUAAAGUCGUUUACCUUCACUUUACUAAUUUUUUUAAAUCUUCCUGUACUUCCCUUCCAAAGGAACAUAUCCAUCAAAAAAUGGCUAUUCGCUUGCCUCGUAUUGUCAGUGCAAAGAAAGUUCCCUGGGGCUACUUUGCAGUUUAUGUUGGAGAAAACCAAAAGAGGUUCGUGAUACCAGUGUCAUUCUUGAACCAGCCUUUAUUUCAAGAUUUGCUAGGCUUAUCAGAAGAAGAAUUCGGAUAUAGUCAUCAUACAGGCGGUCUCAGAUUUCCUUGUGUUGAAGAAAUCUUUCUUGAUAUUACCUCUAGCUUGAAUUGAUUGUGUUGUGAGACAAUUAACACAGAUCAGCCUAUGCAAUUUUGUAAACAUCACUAAUACCAUGGAAACACUUUUUUCCCAUCCUUUUUUGCCUUGGGGAACAGAUAUAAGGUCUCCCUAAGUGGAAAAGUAGAGAUGGUGGUUCCUGUAACUUCUAUCAAACUUUUCAAUCAAUUCGAAAAAAUUACAGUAUGAAACGCAUCAUCCUAUCGAAAUUUUCAUUCUUUUUAGAAUUUCCU